GCAAUCACAAUUUAAAAUACAAUUUAGAAUAGGAAAAGUUCGUGAUAUCGAAGAAAAACCCAUUUAUUCUGCUUCAAUAUGCAUUAUUCAUUUGAAUUCUUUAAAUAGUAAUGUUGUUACUUAAAUUUCGUUUCUUUCUUGACAUAGUGCAUAGAAAACAUUGUGUAGCUGAAAGUGUACGAAAAGUAAUACUUUCGUUAAAUAUCUAACCCUCUUUUACUGUGAGGUAAAGGAAUAUCGGACUAAAAGUUGUACUAUUCCAAUUCACUUUCCUCUUUACAUCAUAAUAUUGUUAACAAUACUGGACAAUAAUGGAAACAUUUCAAUUAGGAAGUUCAUCCGACGAUGAUGAUGAUAUGUACUUAAAUUCUGUUGCAAAGUUAAAUGAUGAUAUAAUUAAAAAUUGACGUAUAGCCUUAAGGAAGAAGCCGCAACCACCACGACAUAACGACCAAAAGGGGGAGAAUGAGGUGAAGAAGAUGCAAAAAAAUAACAAAGAAAUUCUAGAAGACUCCAACAAAAUUAGAACAAGAAGAAAAGUAGAAAAACAAAAAGCAAAUCGUAAUACAAGAGGUAAAAGAAACACUACUAGUCAUCAAUCGGCAAGACAAAGACAAAAAAGAAAUGCAUGGCAGACUGACAAUGAGGCAGAUUCAGAUCUAGAAAUCGUUUCUAUAGAAGGAAAACCAAAAUCACCUGAAAAUGAUUUAUUUGUACUUGAAAGUGGUACACAAGAGAAUUCACAUUCUAGUGAGACUGAGAAUUAUGAAAUAAACAUUAAAAUCCUUUGGCGAUCAAAGGACAUACAUCGUUUGAAUAUUUGUAAGAAUGAAAACUUUCGACAAAUUUUUGAAUAUUUUGCUAAUUUAGAACAAGUAUCUGUAGAUGAAAUUUUAAUAACAAAAAAAGAUGUAACUAUUAAACAAACUGAUACACCAGCAUCCAUAAAUUUGUCUGUGAUAGACAUACUCGAGGGAGGCAUUGUUAAGGGGGACAGUACAGACACUAUGCCUCGAAAAGACACGAACAAUGAAAACGUUUGUGCAAUAAAAAUACAAACAACAGGCAAGAAAAAUCUAACUGUUUCUGUUAAACGAGAUAAUGAUUUUAAAAUUUUAUUAGAGAAAUGUGCUCAAAAAUUUGAUGUCGAGGAAUCAAAAAUUAAACUGUAUUUUGAUGGUGAAUUAAUUGCGGCUACAGAUACACCCGCUUCAUUAGAUAUAGAAGACGAAGCUUGUUUUGAUCUUCGAUUAUCUUCCUAGUUUAUAAGAGACUUAUUUAUAAAAAAA